CCUUCCCGGCUUCCGUCUCUGCUCACGUGACUCUUUCGCGUCUCUUUCAGGGUUGCUACGCGGUUUGCGGCUAGCUGCUUGCUACUUGGCCAAAACCUCCCCGUCGUCCGCUUUCCGCCUGCCGUCCCGCCAUGGAGAUCGGGGCAGAAAUCAGCAAGAAAAUAAGAGCCGCGAUCAAAGGCAAGCUUCAAGAGCUCGGCGCCUACAUCGACGAGGAGCUCCCGGAUUACAUCAUGGUGAUGGUGGCCAACAAGAAAACCGCCCAGCAGAUGGCUGACGAUCUCUCGCUUUUCCUGGGCAACAACACCAUCAAGUUCACCACCUGGCUGCACGGCGUCCUGGAGAAGUUACGAACUGUCGCAGUGGAGCCCGCCGCCGGGAGGCCCGAGCAGCAGUCGGCCGGCGCCGCGCCUGCCGCCGGGGCCGAGGAUCACAAGCCCAACUCCCGAUCCGAUAGGGCGGAACCGCGCGGCCCCGCCCAGGAAAGCAGGAGGGCCAGCGCGGAGAGGGGCUCCUCCCGCCUGACGUCGGCCGUCAAGCCCCUCAUGGAGCUCCUCCCGUCCGAAGCCGUCAUCGACAUCAAGCCCGAGACGGACGACGACUUCGGCGAGGACCCGGCGGAGGCGGCGGCCGCCCGCAGGGGAGCGCGCGGCCCCGCCGGCCGACCCUCCGCCGAACUCUACAGGGCCGGCCAGAGCAGGCUGAGCAACGCGGCCGAGGCGCCGGCGUACGGGAGGCAUCCGGAGAGCCGGAGCGGCAGGACCUCCAGGGGCGGCGCCGGCAAGGAGGAGUCGUCCCGCAAGCGCAAGGCGCCCGUCGUCAGCUCGGUGGUGCGAGUGAACCGCGACUCGGACGAGGAAAGCGACGACGCGGACGAGGACGAGGAAGACGCCGCUUACGCCGGCCGAGGCCCGUCCAGUCGGGUGCUGCUGCCGUCCAAACCGGAGCGCAAGCCGUCCCUCCCGCCGGCCAAGCAGGCCAACAGGAACCUGAUCCUGAAGGCCAUCUCCGAGGCGCAGGACUCGGUCAACAAGACGACGGGCUUCCCGAAACUGCCGCAGAGGCAGACGGUUCCCGUGGCGCCUCGAGCCCGCCUGGCCGGAGGCGAGGAGGUGACGGCCGCCGUCCUGCGCGACGCAGCUCUCGUUGCGGCCCGAUCCGCGGCUUCGCGGGCGCCGUCCGACAACCGCGGAGGCGCGAGCGACGGCCCGAGCGACGCCGGCAAGCGGCUCGACACGCGCUCCUUCAUCGUGAGUCGCCCGCCGCCGGACGAAAGCGCCAGUCGGCAGCGGGAUCGCAAAGAGGAGCCGGCCCGACCGCGCACCGUGCAGGCCAGCAAGGAGAAGGAAAGCUCAUCGGCCCCCAGCCCCAAGUUCAUCGUGACGCUGGAGGGCGUCCCGAGCCCGCUGGAGAAUCUGGCCGAGUCUGAAAUGGAGCUGGAAGACGUCAGGCCGCCUCCCAAGGCCGCCAAGUCCAAGGUCGGCAUCCUCCAAAGGCUGCGCGGGGGCCCCUCGCCGGCAGGUCUGGAUAUGCGUCCCAUGGACACCUCAUUAGAGCAAGCGGAGAGCUUCGACGCCGACUCGGCGCCUUCAAAGAAGCCGAAAGCGACGGAGCGCUGCAAGUUCUGGCCGGUGUGCAAGAGCGGAGACGGGUGUCCUUAUCAUCACCCCACCAGAACUUGCAAGACGUUCCCCGCGUGCAAGUUUGGCGACAAAUGCCUUUUCAUCCACCCCAACUGUAAAUACGACGCCAGAUGCAGCAAGCCCGACUGUCCUUACACCCACGUGAGCCGCAGGGGUGCCCCGGCGCCGCCCGCCAGGCCAGUGGCCCCAGCGGCGCCAACGGUGGGCAUGUGCCGCUUCUUCCCGCAGUGCAAGAAGAUGGACUGCCCUUUUUACCAUCCCAAGCCGUGUCACUUUGCCAGCCAGUGUAACCGAGAGGGCUGCACCUUCUUCCACCCGAACGCGUCUGUGCCUCCCAGACACGCCCUGAAGUGGACCAAGACGCAGAGCAGCUAAUGAAAUCUCGACUCCACUCCGAGACAACUCCAGAUGUCCAGUGGACACUUUUGAUUAAUUUGUUGUUUUUUCUUGUUGUUGUUGUUGUUAGUUGCUUUGUUAAAACGAGUGUUGUGUAAGUUGCCAGGCCUUUUUAAUUUUGCCAAAGCUUCCAGGCCAUUAAAAUACUGACUGCAA